AUUGUGGUGUGUUGGCACUUAACUGUGUCCUCAGUCAAUGGUUAACUUUAAUUUUGGACCCCGUUUUGACUUUCAUUUUUCCAAUUUCAUCUUCUGCCAAAAACCGUAAUUUCUGUUAUUUCUCUUCAGCUGUAGUUCUUCAAUCUCCAGCAAAAUUCGAGGGAGGGUGGCUGAGGCGAAAUUCAAAGAUGGAGCUUCAAUCCAUAAUGUUGUAGCGUCGCCGGUACGGAGAGGUUUUUGGAGCGCCGUUGCUGCAGUUACAGUUUUGUUGUUAAAGAAAUGUCUGAUCAUGUUGAGAAAGCCUUCAUGUUUGAUCAUGUUGAGAAAGCCAUAAUGUCUGAUCAUGUUGAGAAAGCCAUAAUGUCUGUUCCUGUUGAGGACAAAGGCAAAGGCAUAAUGUGUGAUCCAUUUGAGAGUCAUCCUCUGUUUUUGAGGGGGGGCAAGUCAUAUCUUAUGGUGGUGUUGCUGGUGAUGAACCCCCCUAUAUGGAAUGUAUGCAACUGACUGUACCAAACUCUGCUGAGAAGAGACUAGCUGCCUUGUCUCCAGUUAAAACCAUUGAGACUGUGGAGACCAUUGUGUCAACCAACCAGGUGAGCAUGUACUCCUAUGUUGAGUCUCCUAAGUUAGGAAUGGUAUUUAAAUCCUUUGAAGAUGUAGAAACCUACUACAAGGAAUAUGCAUAGCAGAAAGGCUUUGGAGUAACUAGAGUUUCUUCUGCAUUUUUCGAAGAAUAAAAAGGAGAUGAGAGGUGCCACAUGGAAGUGUGAGUGUUGGGGCCCACCUGAUAUGAGGGCAAGGAGGGAGGCCAAGAAAAGGGCCAAGGCAAUGGAGAUGUGUGGCACUGGUGGUGUGGUUAACGGUGAAAUUGAAGAAGAUAUACUGCAGCGUGCCAAAAGGACAUCUAAGAAAUGUGAAUGUGGUGCCAUGUUAUAUGCGGGGAUUGAUAAUUAUGGGCUGUGGGUUAUAAGGAAGGUGAAAACCGAACACGAUAACCAUACCCCCAAACCAAGUGAUGCUAAGUUGGUGAAGGAAUAUCGAAUGAAGAAGUAUACCUCCAAUGUAAGGAGGCAACUAAUGAAUUUCUAUGAUGAAGGUGUUCCUGUAAGGCAAGCACAUGGCUGUAUAGCUACUGAGACUGGGGAGGAUAACCUUCCUAGUGUAAAAGACCUACAACAUGAAAUUUACAAGGAGAAGCGGUUGAAAAUGGAAGGUGGUGACGCAACUGCAAUGAUGGCCUACUUUGAUAAGAUGCAAGCGGAUAAUCAGAAUUUUUAUCAUGCACACAGAUUAGAUGGUGAAGGCCGGUUGAAGGACGUAAUGUGGGUUGACGCUCGUAGUAGGGUUGAUUAUGAAGAAUUUGGCGAUGUGGUUUGCUUUGAUGCCACUUAUAUAACAAACAAGUAUGAGCUACCGUUUGCCAACUUCGUAGGCGUUAAUCACCAUGGCCAAUCGAUAUUAUUGGGAUGUGCCCUCGUUUCACACGAGGAUUCAGACACAUUUGCUUGGGUUUUUAGGAAAUGGCUAUCAUGCAUGGGUGACAAACAACCGGGUGCAAUUUUGACAGAUCAAGCAGCAGCUAUGCGGAAGCCUCUGGCAGAAGUUAUGCCUAAUGCAUGCCAUCGGUGGUACAUUUGACACAUAAUGAGGAAAAUCCCAGACAAGUUGGGGAAUUGUGAACAGUAAGUAUACAUUCUGACUUAGUUUUAUAUUUUUGUGCUAUUUCAUUCUAAUUUAUGGGUGAAAACAGUUGGUGUAGCAUAUCUCUGAAUUCUUGUGAUUUGCUUGCAUCAUAGAAAUCAUACCACCCCCUCCCCCCCCCCCCUCUCCAACCCCUCUAUUGUUGUUUUGUAUUGUUUUAUAUCAGUGAAGUCUUGGGAGGGAUGGAUUUUUUUUAUUUAAGUAAUUGUGUUAUAUGCUGGUAGUAAGUAUUACUGAGUUGAUUAUCUUCUUUUGUUAAUGGUGUGUUAUAUUUAAAUUAAUGAAACAUGUCCACAUGCUGGUAAUGAGUAGCCCUGUUGCAAGGCAGAACAUAUAUGUACUGUGUUAUAUUUAAAAUGCCCUGCACGCAUUUUGGGCAUCUUGUUCUAAGUAUUUGCAUAAUUCCAUGUUUGCACAUGAUUUAGCUAUGUAGAUUUUAAGAGUCCACUGAAGACCCUCAUAUAUGAAAGCUUCACCGUUGGUGAAUUUGAGCGUAGAUGGGGAGAAUUAAUGACCACCUAUAAGCUAGAGGAGAAUGAUUGGUUAUCUGAUUUGUAUGAUGAAAGGCAUAUGUGGGUCCCAGCUUUUAUGAAAGAACACUUUUGGGCGGGUAUGAAGACAACGCAAAGGGUCGAAAGCAUAAAUAGUUUCUUCGACGGGUUUGUUAAUCGGAAAACAAGGCUGUAUGAAUUUCCGGAGAAGUACACAAGGGCCAUGGCUAGGCGUGUGAAAGCUGAGAAUGAGGCAGAUGCUAGGUGUGGGAAAUAUCGUAGACGUCUUGUAAGUGGACCUUAUCGAAGAAGAGAAUGCAGAGAAGAAUCAAAAGGAUAGAACUACCUACUCAUUAUUCGGAGGUCAAUCUGUUGAGAAAUUCUUCCAUGAGAUUUACACUGAUACAAAGUUCCAGGAGAUUCAAAUUGAGUGUUGUCGACUCAUGCAUUGCUCCGGGAGGGAAGAGCGUGAUUUGGGAGGGAACAUUAUUCAAUAUCUACUUGAAGACAGGGUUUGGAUCAUUCCCGAAGGCGAGAGUGAAGAGGUGAUCACUGAUAGGAGGAGAUUCUAUUCUGUACUCUUUAAUACAGUUACAAAGGAGGUCUCUUGUGAUUGUAGGAAGUUUGAAACAUUCGGGAUUCUAUGUAGGCAUGUCAUCCGAGUCUAUGAUAAAAAUUUGGUGUUUGAUAUUCCACCCAAAUAUGUUCUCCGGCGCUGGCGAAAAGACGUAAGUAGGAAACAUACUCGGGUGAAGGUGGCUUACCACGAUCCCACUGAGAAUGUGGCUGUUCAGACUUACAAUAACUUGAUGGCAGAGUUCCUGUCCAUUUGUGACCUUGCUUCUUCUGUUCAGGACAAGGCUACAGUCGAUCUAGUUGCGCAAUCUAUGCAAAAACUUCCUUUGGAAGUUCAGGCUAGCAGAGAUAAGUUUCUUGCAAGUCAGCCAUGUCUUUCCCCCAUGCCAAGGAAUCUGUUACAAUCCUCAGAAAUUGGGUCAAACAUCCCUUAGGCAAUUGACACCCAUGGGUCAGUUUCUAAGCCUGAGGUGGAAGAAGGGAACACCAGUUUACAAACAGCAGUGAAGGAUCCUAUAUCCAGGAAGAAGCCUCGAGGGAGACCUAAGGGAUCAAGGCAUAAAUCUCUUGCAGAGACGGGAUACAAGAAAAACAGUGUGAAAAAAGGAAAAAACAUUGCUGGAACUCAGAUGGACCCUGCUGUCCAGCAACCAACUGCAGUCAAGCUACCAGUAAGUGAACCGACCGCAGUCUUAAAUAUAUGUCCAACCAAGUGUUGUUUCUUAAAUAAUUUCAUUUUUAUUGUUGCAAGCUAAGAGGAAAAGGACACAAGUCCUCCAACAACAGAACACCAUUGAGAACUAUUACGAUUUUGUUGAAGACGAUGCUGUGGGUGGUGAUGACAUUCUUAUGAGAAAUGGUCUGGGAUGGUCUGGUCCCUCUGACACCUUUUAAUACACACGUUGUUGUAUGUCUCACUUGAGGGUCUGGGAAAAGGUGUGAAGUGUAUUGUAUUUUGAAUUAAUAACAAUUUAGUUGUACAACCCUUGAGGUAUGUAGGCAGUAUGUUGUGACCUUGGUUAUGUCUGGGUUGUUGUUGGUACUCUUACUACUGCUGUCAUUAAUUCCAUUAGAACCCUUGAUCUAAUUUGCAAGUGAUGACAGUGUUAAGAAUUAGUUAAUUAAUGUGUUGCCAUUCAUUUUAAA